AUGAAUAACACUGUUCUUGUAACUUGCGGAGCUACUGUCUCUUUCCCCAGACUGGUAGAAACAGUACUUGAUAGAUCUGUCACAGAGAAGUUGAAAGUUUUAGGGUAUGGCAGAAUUGUGAUCCAGUACGGACGUGGGUUUAGUGAUACAUUUUUACAACUAGUAGAGAAGCACCUAGGUCUGUUUACGGAGAAGAAGAGCUGUGGCAUCAAGGUUUUGGAUAAGAUUGAAAACCUUAAAGUAAUCUCUGUGGAUGGAAUAGAGAUAUGUGGGUUCGAGUUUUCGCAUGACAUCGAGAAGUUGAUUGCGAAUAAUAUAGACUUGGUGAUAUCACAUGCAGGUACAGGUUCGAUUUUGGACUCUCUGAGAGUUGGGAAAAAACUUAUUGUGGUGGUGAACGAUACGUUGAUGGAUAAUCACCAGCAGUUAAUCGCAGAUAAGUUUGAACAACAGAAACUUUUGUGGUCUGUCCACGCGAACACGGAAGAACUACUUCGGGCAUUGGAUAGAAGUGAAAAUGAGGAAUUGCUAAAGAUUGAUAAUACUUACAAUAAACAAUUCGAAAAGCUAUUAUAUAACGUCGCGAUAGAUUGA